AUGGCGCCGGUCGUCGCUUCUGCCGUGGCACUCUUGGCUAUUGCCGGAGCUGUUGAUGCUAAACCAUUAUUAAAGCCUGGAAGACAUGCGAACCCUCAUGUCGCCAGCGUAUUGUCUGCUUCCAAGAGAUCUUUACAUUCUCUCAUGGCCAGGUAUUACGGUACGAAACAUGGAUUGUCCAAGCCGCCCCCACUUCCCGAGAAGAGAGAUACCACUCUCCCAGCUGGAUGGUCGUACUUUGGUUGUGUUAGUGAAUCAUGGGAAGAGAGAUUGUUGCAAGGCUUUGCUUUUUCCUCAUCAUCUCUCACACCCCUUCUAUGUGUGACUCAGUGUACUAAACUGGGAUACACUUUCGCCGCUACUGAAUUCGGUGACGAGUGCUAUUGUGGUGACGAAUUCGUCGGGACCGGCGGUGGUCGAGCAGACGAUACGACCUGUAACGUGCCUUGUGAAGGUGACACCAGUGAAGGAUGUGGUGCCGCUUGGUACUUGUCUCUUUACCAGUAUAACUCGAGUGAGCUAGCCUCAUGUAGUGGUGUCGUCACCACCGCUUCAGUGACAGCCACCCUUCCUACCGCUACUGAAGUCACUACGACUGUCGUGGAGAACGGUACCACCUCAGUCGGAAUUGUAACUGCCACUGCCAACUCCACCAAUGCUGUCCCCACCGCUUCCGUCACCGCCAAUGCUACCGAUGCUGUUUCCACCACCGCUUCUGCCACUACUACUGCCUCCUACCCAGUCUACACCGAUGCUUCCGAUGCGUCCGAGUGGUACUCUCUCGGUUGUGCCGUGGACAGCGAUGAUCGACUUCUUACGGGUUCCAGCAAACUCGGUUUCACUGGAAUGACCAUUGACAGCUGUCUCUCGUACUGUGAAGAUGCUGGAUUCAAGUACGCCGGUGCUGAAUACGGUGACGAAUGUUACUGCGCCAAUACUCUACCAGAGAACGUUCAAUAUCACGAGGACUACGCUUGUAACGUUGUUUGUGAUGGCAAUGCCACGGAAGCUUGUGGCGGUGGAUAUGCCUUGGAACUCUUCGAAUUGAUUUCAGCUGCCGGAAAUAGUACCGACUGCACCACCUCUUCUUCUUCAGUACCUUCAGGUGUCCUCAUCGCCACUGGUACCAAGACCGGAAUUACUACCACCGCCGCCACUGCCACCGCUAUCGCCACCACCGCUGUCACCACCACUGCUGCUAACACUACUGCUGCUUCGACCAAAGCUGCCACUACGGUAGCUAGUGGCACCACUCAGACCGCCGCUACCACUGUCUCAAGCACCACUCAGACAGCAGCUGCUUCAUCAGAGUCUCACUACGUUUGGGCUCACCACAUGGUCGGUAACACGUACCCAUACACCCAAUCCAACUGGGCCAGCGAUAUCUCCCAAGCCCAAGCUGCCGGUAUCGAUGGUUUCGCUUUGAACAUGGGAUCUGAUUCAUGGCAAGUCGACCGAAUCAGUGACGCCUACUCUGCUGCUGGUUCUUCCGGAUUCAAGCUUUUCCUCUCUCUCGAUAUGACCGUCCUAUCAUGUAGUAGUUCAAGCGACGCCAGCAACCUAGUCAACCUGGUCAAGAAGUUCUCUGGUCUUUCUGCUCAAGCUGAACACGAUGGCAAAGUCUUGGUAUCUACUUUCGCUGGUUCAGACUGCGGUAUCUCAUGGCAAAAUGACUUCGUCAGCGCUCUUGAGGACGCUGGUGUAUCCAUCUUCUUCGUCCCCAGUAUUUUCUCCGACCCAUCUACCUUCUCAUCCGACUCAUGGAUGGACGGUGAACUGAACUGGAACUCUGGUUGGCCAAUGGGUUCAGAUGACCUCGAUACUUCCUCCGACAAGAAAUAUAUCUCUGCUUUAGGCGACAAAGAAUACUGGGCUGCCGUAUCACCAUUCUUCUUCACCCACUUCUCACCUUCUACUUGGAACAAGAACUGGUUGUACAAGUCUGACGAAUGGCUCUACGCUACCCGAUGGGAGGAUUUGAUCGCCAUGCGAGACCAAGUCAAGUCGGUCGAGAUCCUCACCUGGAACGAUUACGGAGAAUCAUCAUACAUUGGUCCAAUCGAAGGUGCUCUUCCUUCCGGCUCUGAGGUAUGGACCAAUGGUUUCACUCACACUGCCUUGAACUCUUUGACUACCUACUAUGCCACUGCCUUCAAGACUGGUUCGUACCCCUCGAUCACCGAGGAUGAAAUAGUCAUGUGGGCCAGACCUCACCCUCACGACGCUACUGCCUCGUCUGACAGUACCGGUAAACCAACUGGAUGGAACUACACUGAGGAUUACCUUUGGGCCGUCGUCCUCGCUACUGCCGACUCUACAGUCACUUUGACUUCCGGUUCAAACACCCAGACAUUCCAGGUAUCAGCCGGUUUGAACAAACUCAAAUUGGCCAUGUCAGCUGGUUCAAUCUCCGGUUCCAUCUCCAGAUCAGGAUCGACCGUCGCUUCUUACGACGCUGGUUCUGCUUUCACCUACACGACUACCCCUGAAACAUACAACUACAACUACUUUGUCGGAUCGAGCUCCUCAUAA